AUGAAUUUAGUUACACCAAGACAACGUCAACAAUGGUUAAGUCAAGCAGAAGAUUAUGCUGAUAUUUUUCUUCAACGUACUAAAUAUGUAUUACCACAUUUAGCAAGAUUUUGUUUAGUAUCAACAUUUAUUGAAGAUGGUAUUCGUAUGUGGAUGCAAUGGAGUGAACAAAGAGAAUAUAUUAUGAAAAGUUGGAAUGUUGGAUGGUUUAUUGGAACACUUUUUGUUAUUAUUAAUUUAUUUGGUCAACUUAUACCAUGUGCAAUGAUUUUAGCAAGAAAAAAAACUGAUAUAGCUUGUGGAAUAUUAGUUUUUAUUAUUUGUUUUCAAUCAAUUGCAUAUCAAAUUAUUUGGGAACUUCGAUUCUUACUUAGAUCCUGUUCAUUAAUUGGUGGUUUAAUAUUAUUAAUGGUAGAAAAUCGAAAAGAAGCUCGUAGUUUAUUUGCUGGUGUACCAACAAUGCAUAAUAAUGCACCAAAAAAUUAUAUGCAAUUAGCUGGUCGUAUGUUAUUAGUUAUUAUGUUUUUAACAAUUGUUCGUUAUGAAUUAUCAUUUACAUCAAUAAUACAAAAUUUAAUUGGUGGUAUAUGUAUGUUAUUUGUUGCUAUUGGUUUUAAAACAAAAUUAUCAGCAUUAUUUCUUGUUCUAUAUUUAACAUUUGUGAAUUUUUAUAUGAAUUGUUUUUGGCUUGUUUCACAUCAUCGAGCAUUGCAUGAUUUUUUGAAAUAUGAUUUUUUUCAAACAAUGUCGGUUAUUGGUGGCCUUCUAUAUGUUGUUGCACUUGGUCCAGGUGGUGUAUCAGUAGAUGCAAGAAAGAAAGAAUGGUAG